AAGAUUCCCCCAAGCGAUCCAGGAGGAAGAAGAAAUACUGGACAUGGAGUCGACAAAUUCGGAGGACGAAAGCUUGGAGCAGCUAGCUAGUGGUUUGGAAUCCGUGGAAGACGUGCGCCUAGAACUGGAGAAGACACAGAAACUUCUGGAAGUGCUGCAGCGGCAGAUCGACGGCGCCAGAACUAACGGUUCGUCGAAUUUGGGCAGCAAGAUCGAGCGAAAUACCGAGAAAAGCAGCGUUUCCAAGAAUUUCAAGAACGGGCAAGAACGAAAGGCGCAGACGAACGGCGAUAAGAGUGAGCGAGAUGGAGAGAGAAGCAACGGUUCGGCGAGAAGUGGCGUGAUUGAAGAACAACGUAGCGACGAGAUGGUCGGCGCCAGCGACGAAACGGUCGGCGCCAGCAACGUCGUCUGCGGCAGUGUUGUGCAGGAAAAUUAUCGUGAACUUCAGGCGCAGCUGCCAAAUGCUGAUAGCAGUUUCUCGUCGGCUGGAUUUAAUUUAGCCAAAGAAAUGCUGAUGGAGUUUGCGGACAACAUGCCGGUUCGAUCCUGGAUUUCUCAAUGGGACAACAUAUCAUCGUUGUAUAAUUUGACUGACGCGCAGCGAAGAGUGUUGAUGAUCAGCAAACUAAAAGGCAGCGCCUUACAAUGGAUGCAUGCUGAUGCAUCUCGCUUCGUCAAACCAACAGAAGAGUUGCUGCAGCAGUUACACCUUGCUUUCGGUGGCAACGAAUCGAAGGCGGUCAUGAGGCGCAAAUUCGAGGCGCGCGUAUGGCAACCGAAUGAGAAGUUUGCUGUCUACUUUGAGGAGAAGAGCAGAUUAGCCAGAGACGUCAACAUGGAGGACGACGAGCUCGUGGAUGGACUUAUCGUGGGCAUUCCUACGGUUAAUUUGCGCACUCAGGCGAAGCUGCAGUGUUUCGAAAGUUCGGAGAGAAUGAUGAGAGCGUUUGCGGAUAUAAUGCUGCCAGGAAAAACUGCUGGAAACAACAGGAUGCAGACAAUGAAGACUGAUCUGGUGAGCAAAGACACGCGCUGCUACAAUUGCAAUGGGAAGGGGCAUUGGGCCAGGGAGUGCGUUAAGCCGAAGCGGACACCAGGAAGUUGCUAUGGAUGUGGCUCUACCGAUCACCUGAUCAACGGAUGUCCUCAAAACAAGAAGCGAGACGGCAAUAAUUAUAAUGCCUCAUAGAUUCAGGUAGCCCUGUGUCAUUUAUAAAAAUUUCGUUUGUGCCGGAAAAUAUUCAUUUAGAACCUCAAGAAGAGACUUAC